AUGGACAACCACCUUCUUCACAGAUGGGUGGUUUGCAAGCAGGCCAGGGAUGACCCGGACUGUCCCUCAACAGCCGGCGUCGAGAGGAUGAUGAGGAUGUUAGGACCCAAUUUCCCGGUUGUUCUCCCAGGCUGAGGAAUCCUACAAGUCCAAGAUCUCGAACCUGUUGGCCAGUGGGAUAUCCUGGGAUGACGGAAAAGGAAGAAGAGAUGGGCAUGCUGUGCGGCGCCUAUCCCUCCCUACUGCUGUCCAGGGCUCCGGUUGGCGUGGAGUGGAGUUCAGCGGUUGACAGCUGUCCGCGUCUCCGCGGAGAGGUGGAAGUGCGAAGCACCGGCUGA